GGGUGGCUUGUGUGGGCUGAAACGUUCACGCAGUGAGAGAACCCUACCUUUCGCCAUCUUCUCCUCUUCACCUAGUGCGUCUCUCUCCGUUACCAAACACACCUACCCUUUAAACUAAUUUUAAACAAUCUCUCACUCCUAGUCCUUAUGAUGAUACUCUGUUUCUUCCUCUGACAUUUUUUUGAUACUCUGUUCUCUCCACCUCCUCUGUUUUCUCACCAAAUGGAGGCGUCAUUGUUAACGAUGAGGUCAUCUUCUUACUCUUCCCCUUCUACUGGCUCCAGACCCAUUUACAAACCUUCCUUCUCUGUCCGUUGCUCUCUUCCUCCCUCGAAGCCGCGAGCCACCACCUCUGUUCACGCCGUCAUGACCCUCGCUGGAUCGUUGACGGGGAAGAAACGAGUGGAUGAGAGCGAGAGCUUGACGUUAGAAGGCAUACGAGACUCGUUGAUCAGACAAGAGGACAGCAUUAUAUUUGGUCUGUUGGAGAGAGCAAAGUACUGUUACAACGCGGAUACUUACGAUCCUAAUGCUUUUGACAUGGAGGGUUUCAACGGUUCUUUGGUUGAGUACAUGCUCAAAGGCACCGAGAAGCUUCACGCUAAGGUAGGUAGGUACAAGAGCCCUGAUGAACAUCCUUUCUUCCCAGACGAUUUGCCAGAGCCUUUGUUACCACCUCUUCACUACCCAAAGGUAUUGCAUUUUGGUGCUGAUUCGAUCAACAUAAACAACAAGAUAUGGAACAUGUACUUCAGAGACCUUGUGCCAAGACUAGUGAAGAAAGGUGAUGAUGGUAACUACGGAUCAACAGCUGUAUGUGAUGCCAUCUGCCUUCAGUCUCUGUCAAAGAGGAUCCAUUACGGUAAAUUUGUUGCUGAGGCCAAGUUCCAAGCAUCACCCGAGGCAUAUGAGUCCGCCAUCAAAGCACAAGAUAAGGAUGCGUUGAUGGAUAUGCUGACAUUCUUGACUGUGGAGGAGGCGAUAAAGAAGAGAGUUGAGAUAAAAACCAGAACAUACGGGCAAGAAGUGAAAGUGGGGAGGAUGGAGGAGAAAGAAGAAGAAGAAGAAUCUCAAGUUUACAAAAUCAGCCCAAUCUUGGUGGGGCAUUUGUAUGGAGAUUGGAUCAUGCCCUUGACUAAAGAAGUUCAAGUGGAGUAUUUGCUUAGAAGACUAGGCUGAAAAAAAAAGGAAAUGGAUAUGGUCAUUAAUGUUUUUUUUUUCUUAACUUUGCAAAUCUCUGAAGGCUGUUUUACAUUGUUGUUCCAGGUUUGAUGAUAAACGGUGUGGUUUAUGUACACAUAUAUACAUUCUCUCAAUUGUGUAAUCAAA